GCUGCAGCUGCUUCGCCGAAUGUUCAGAAGCCGGGCUUUCUCGACAUCGUGGCUAGGUCACCGAGUGCGUUGGUCGUCGGGAACAAAACCGGAGAUGCGGCAGAUGGCGAGCAAGGUUGGAGGAAGUGGCAAGGAUCUUUGUGUUGAUGCGUGAUGCGUGACAAUUAUGCUCGAUACAGGUUUGAUAUUCUGGUUUGAAAAUAAGUACUGGCAACAUCAAACCUUGACUCAUCCAGGUAAAGCACACCACGCGCCGGACGAAGGUGAAAACGCAUCCCAUACUUUCGGCGGCCCAGGCCUCGUCUCUCCCAUGUCCGCGUCACCGUCGCCGUCCUCGCCGGGUCUUUCGCCCUCGCCUGCCUCACCUCCUAUGCUGGAGAAGGAGGAGCUCGAGGACGUGUCGCAAAAUGAGUCAGGUCAAGAGAGUGUUGAUUCCGGUUCCUCGCAAGCCGGGGAAGAGGGUGCCGGCGCCGAUUUUGUUGCUUCUCUUCCGUUGCAGCCCGCUGUUCAUCCGGUGCCGGGAGGGCGGAGACGAAGCUCGUUUCUGCAGCAGGUCUUGACCGAAGACUUCACAC